AUGCUGGAGGAAGGAUCAUUUCGAGGAAGAACUCUGGAUUUUGUGUACCGCCAAAAAUGGAAAAGGCAAAACAAAACAAAAAGGAAGAAACUGGAGCUUACUAAACUAAAGACAUCAAUACAAAUAUACGUAGCCAGUCAUGGAGAGAAGCUAAAAUAUUCACAACAUGAAUUAGCACAAUAUACAAUCACAUUUAAGUUAUUGGAGAAAGAUAAAAAGAAGCAAAAGACAAGUGGAAAACUAUACGUUACAAGAUAUACAAAACAGAACAUAAAACGCAAACAAAAAAACACAAACAACAACAAGAGGGACUAUGUGAACAGAUUUAGAAACAUGAAAAUUCAUGCAAUCAAUCUGUUGUACCUGUUUAUGUUUAAUUUAAAUAUCAUUACCACAACUCAGAAAUUGGAUUGGACAUGUUUUCUUAAUAAAAACCACACCAUUAUUUUAAAUAUCAAGAUACCUACUGCAAAAAACUCAAAUUUAUGCAACAAUCACAAAUCUCAGAACUGCAUAGAGCUUGCUUACAGAAAACAUAGGAAAAGAAGGUGGCACCAGGUGCAGCACUGCCAUAUACACAAAGUUAAAUAUGCACAAUGCGAAAUGAAAAGCUGGUCCACAAAUCAUGGAAUGUACACUAUGAGAAUAAAAAUUAACAACAUUAACAAAACACAAACAUAUCACAAAAAAUGGAUACAUAUGUAUUCUUUUUCAAACUGCAUAACAAAAGCUGUAAAAACGUUCAAAAUUAUUAAUAUCAGUCACAACAAAGUACGUCUAAACUGGAAGAACUCAAUACAUACUAAAUACAAAGACCAGUAUAUUAUCAUUAGGGAAGGAAGUGUUGUGCACAUGCCAUAUAAAGUAGCAUCCGAGAGGAGCUGCAGAAAUGGUAACUGUACAAGAGAACUUAUCCUUCAAGAAUGUACAAGAUACAGAGUGUGCAUCGACACAAUGAUGGCAGAUAAAAAUAUAUCUAAAUGCGAAAACAUUACAACACCCUGUAAGAAUCACCAUGCAGUAUUAAAAAAUUCCCCCACUGUAUCCAACAAUCAAACUGCAAUUAUUUUAACCACAAGUGUAUUUUUAAUAUGUGUUGGAGUUAUGAUUUUUUUAUUGAAAUAUAAAAAACUAAAAUUAGAACAACAGCAACAACAACGACAAAAGCAACAACAACAACAACCGGAACAACAACAACAACAACAACAGGAACAACAAACACAAUACAUCUACGGACUAAUUGUACAUGAAGAUGAGCUACUCUCACCACGAAAACAACCAGAACCAGUUUACUGGGAAAUAGAAGAAUUGAAUGGUUAUGCUGAUAUUACUGAGUUGUCAGCUCUGCAUCGGUACGAAAAUACAAAAAACAUGAAGUUUUUCUAAGUAAUUGUUUUAUUUAUAAUUGUGAAAAAUAAAAAUAAAAAUACACAAACAUCUUUUUUAAUAUUUAACUUCAACAGGUUUUUACAGCUUGCUAAAUUAAAAAAACCUUUUUCAAUAAUAAAUGUUUAUCAGUACAGAAUCAUUUAAUUACAAAUUUUCACACAUGUUUACUAACAAAAUUUAAAAAACACCUUAGUAUACUUGUUUAAGGUUUUUUUUAAUUAAUACUGUAAUAUUAAUAGCUAAAGCAUUUUGCUAUACCUUAAUUUACGAUUUAAAAACCCCAUCUUCCUUCUCUUUUAAACGAUUAUGUCUAUUAACAUAUAUUUAAGAGACUACCUUUGGUUGAAUUACAAGCCUAUGUCCCAUUUUUCAAAAUAAUCACAAUUGAAUAAGCAUCCACCAUCAAAAUAUAAUAAAAGUAAGCCUAAAACGACUUCUAUAAUUAAAUGAUCCCAGAUAAAUUUUAUAAGAAAAUUAAUUAAAAAAUAGUUUGAUGGCCUACAACGAGGGACAUAAAUUAGUGAAAAGGGGGACGAAAUUGCAACGUUUAUAACCACAACAAAGCAUUAAGAAAGGCGUUUAUAUAUAAGUAGAUAUUACUUGUAAAGAAACGGCUUCCUUGAUGCUUUAGUUCACCAAUUUUUAGACCUCUCUGGGCUGUGGAGCAGAUCAUUCUGUGAUACAGGAAUUGUGGAAAGCACAAAGAGCACAGAAUGGGACUAGCAGAAUUAGGCCUUAGGAUAUUUUGUAAAAUCCGAUUAGAGUGUUAAUUUUUGCUGACAUCAGCACGACUCUUUUUUCAGAAAUUAAUGGAAACUGAUGUGGAUUAUUCUGUAAUCAUGGCGUGUUAGAGAGUACAACUAGUAAUUUUGCAGAUACAGAAUCGCAUUUCCGCCGACAACCAAUUAUUAGCAAGUCUAUAAUUUAUGCAAACUUUAAAAAAUGUCCUAAAUCUUUGUCCCCAAUAAUUUUAAAACGUUUUUGAAAAAUGUGUAAUUGUUUAUCCCAUUAAUAGCUGAACCGGAAAUCACUUUGUUGAUGUCAGAAACAACAGUCAAAUUGGAAAAAAAGUUUUUAGUGUUGUAGUAAGUGUUGGAAAUUACUUUCUUAAGACAAUGUUUUGAUAUCAAAUAUCACAAGUAGUUAUAGUUUCAAAGGGAGGAUUUAAAUUUCAUUUUCAGGAUUAAACAGUAAUAUUAGGAAGUAAUAUGUAAUCUUGCAGUUGCUGUAAGAAGAAAGAAAGUCAAAUUGUUAGCUAUAUAUAUUUCACUAGUCGGUAGCCAUGGAGAACUCCACGGCCAUGUCUGUCGCAUAUAAUCCGAGUAAUUAAGAUUUCUGUAUUUCUAGCACGAGGUAGCAAUCAAGCUACCAUCUUGAACGUUCAAAAAAGGCAGCAAAAACUCUUUGCUUGCGUUGCUGACGCAAGCGAGAAAUGUUUUUGCUGCCAUUUUUCUGUUACGUCGUUAAAAAUCAACCAUAAGGUGCUUUUUUUAAAUCAAGCUAGAUUUUGUGAGGAAAAAGAGGAGAGAUGUUAGCACCCCUUCCCCUUUCUUGCGGCUUUGUACAGGUCCAGCCCGAAUAGGGUUAAUUGUCAACAGUACACAAAUUUCAUAACAUUGGCUUUUAAUUUUUUAACUAAUAUAAUUCUUACGUAUCUUUUCAAUAUUCUUUUUCUGAAAGUUUCGUGUUAAAUCCAUUGUCUCAAUUAGCAUCAGUAUUUUUGUUAAUUUAAUGUCAUAAAUGUUUCUCCCUGACUUGAAUUCAGAUAUCGAUAUUGUAGUAUGCUGCAGGAAGGAUCAUUUUGAGAAAAAACUCUGGAUUUUGUGUACCGCCAAAAUUGAAGAGCCUCUUUUUAAAUUUAAAAGCCGUAUUCGGGCUCAAAACUUGCCACCGUGUUUAAGUAGUACCGAAAUAAAAAGCUUAAAUCGUCGCCUAGUUACCUCUAGCCACAAGCAGAGAUUUUCUAAAAUUAGCAAACCUUAAAGUUAGCUGAGGCAGUUAAAGUUAACGUGGUUGAAGUGCAUCUAAGGAGAGUUAAUCUCCUGGGAAGGUCUGAGGCAAAAUCCAUGUAAUUAUUAUCGUGAAGAUUAUCUAUCUGGUUGAUAGAGUGGUCUUCAAGCGCUACAGACGUACAGUAAAAGAUAUGUUUCGUUCUAGGAACAUUGAUACUUGUCUGUGAGAGCUUCAGAAUGGUCCAUGGUUGGCAACUUGAGUGCGAUUGAUGCAACAGUGUUCUGACAACACUGAAACUCAAUUCAGA